AUGGUCCACGGAAUCAGGCACGACCUCUUCGAGACUGCUUAUACUAUAUUGCAGAGUUUGGAUAAAACGAGCCACUUUCUCCGACAAGGCGUGCCUCCUGGCGUGCUGCGCCGCGCUGUGCUCUCACAGAUCAUGACAGUGGUGGCGAUUGUAAUGAGCGUGGAGCUCCUUGUGCUUGUCCAUGUCAAGAUCUCCAACUGGGAGUUAUGGAAGUUUUACUAUACCUUUUUGUGUGGAAAUUCUGUUGCAUCCCAAGGUGUGUGCAUCAAAGUUGAAGACACUCGAGACAACCGGCGGCAGAUCCAUCAUGUUGAUGACAAAUUCCUGCGACACAGCUAUGCCAAUGUGGUCGACGUUAUACAGUGCUGCGGUCGUAACACUGCAAGUUGGAGGCAGGACAAGUAG